AAUACAAAAUGCAAGUAGGAUUUUCCGGUGAAAUGAAGCUUUGAAAUAAAGUAACUCUCCCUUUUAACAUGAUUGAAACUAGAACUUUAGUUAGGGAAUGUGUACAAGGAUAUGUAUUUUGGUCCUUAUUCCAAGGUCUUGGACCUAUGAUAUGGUUUUAUCCACUGAAUGAGUUAGAGUUAUCUGGAUAUGAGAUAUUUGCUGUCACAUUUUUUGCACCAGUUCUUGUUGGAAUACCAGGUGUUCUUAAACUUCUGCAGAAUAGAUGGAUGUUAGGUAUACUUCGCUUGGCAACUGUUGGAAGCCUUGCAUCGUUCCAAGCCAGUACUACAUUGAUAAGACUGGCUAUACUAGCACUUGGAACAGGUGCAGCUAUGUUAGUUUUUACUGUAACACUGUGGAGUAAAGACUCGAGAAUAAGGUGCCACACAUUUUGGGGAAUAAUUUUAGGUUUUAUGUCCUUUGUAACCAGUAGAGUAUGGUUUGUUUCUUUUGUGCCAACAUGGUGGAGUAACCAGACAAACUCUAUUGUGAUAGGUAUUGGUGCUAUAGCAGCAUUAGACCAUAUUAUCUCAGGUUCUGAUAUAUCUGAAGUAAAAGAAUCUCCAUCUAAGACAACUGACCGACCAUAUUGGUUACCCACAGCCAUUGGUUUUGGAAGUUUGUUAUAUCUUACACAUUGGUGUUUUGGUGAAUCAUCCUUGGUGCUGAGAUGGGUGGUGAAAGGAUAUCCUGAUCAUGGACCUGCACCUUAUCCUUGGGGAUCAUUUAUAUUAUUAGAUUUAGGUCUGGGAGUACUGAUAAUGUCCUGGCACUGGAUGACAAUGUCAAAGAUCUGGUGGAUUGUGGGAUUGAUUUCAAUAUUGAUAUUAUAUUACCUUCCAACAUGGAUUGGAUUUAUGGGAGGACUUGCUCUGUCCAUUUUCACAAUGUCAGUAUGGCCUGUUCUGGUUGAUAGAAUGACCUUGUGUCCUCCAGCAAGGUCAAUGUUUGUUGUCAUGGUAACUUAUUUGGUACAGAUAUUUUUCUUUGUAUGGACAGUAGCGUAUAAUUUUGUGCCUGGAGGUGUAUAUACCAGAGAACAUACAGACUACCUCAUAGCUGCUGUAAUGAUAGGGAUCUUCAUAGGAAUGUUUAUAGGUGGAGAAUAUAAUAGCCAUACAGCAUUUCCAUGUGACAACAAGAAACAGGUUCCAUUCAACAAAAUAAGAACAGUGACAGUUUUGAUAGUGUGUAUAGGACUAUUGGGUUAUGGAAUGAGAUAUAGUGACAAUCAAAUAAAACAACCAGUAAAGAAGAAUGAAAAGGAAUUUUCUGCUGCAAUUUGGACAUUUCAUUUUGGAUAUGACAACAAAGGAUGGCCCAGUAUGGAGAGAGCUGCCAAACUCUUUAAAGAUGCUGGGGCUGAUGUUAUAACCUUACUAGAGAGUGAUGCCUCUAAGCCUUUCCUGGGAAAUAAUGAUCUGGGCAUGUGGUUUGGUGAAAAAUUAGGAAUGUAUGUGGACUUUGGACCUGCAACAAAGGAUCAUACAUGGGGAAACCUGAUUCUGUCUAAGUACCCAAUAGUGAAAUCAACUCACCAUCUUCUGCCUUCACCACACGGAGAACUGGCUCCAGCUAUCACAGCUACAGUAAACAUCAGUGGUAAUCCUGUAGAUUUUGUUGUUACACAUAUGGGUAACCAUAGAGACAGAUUAGACAGAAAACUUCAGGCAAAGUUCCUAGCAAAAGAGCUUACAGAAUGUGAAAAUCCUGUUAUAUUCCUUGGAUAUGUGACGUCUGCUCCACACAGCCCUGAAUAUGACAAUUUAAUCAAGGCUGGUAAUGUAAAAGAUAUAGAUGAAACAGAUUAUGAUAGAUGGUGUGAAUAUAUAAUGUAUAGAGGCUUAAAAAGACUAGGGUAUGCUAGAAUAACACAUGCAGGAUUAAGUGAUACAGAGAUACAGAUGGCCAAAUUUGAAAUUCCAGAUGAUCCCAAAAAUUAUAAAGACAAUACAAGAAUUAUAACUGAUCCGUCAAUGGUUAAGAAAGAGGUUCAUUUUAAUAAAAAGUUUGGAAAUUAUAAAUCAGGACAUAGAAAUUUUAAAACACAUGGAUUUCAUAUGGAUACACCAAAAUACUUCCUGCCUUAAUUCUAACACUGAUUAAUUAGCUGCUUUUGCUACAUAGCCCUUGCCUGCUGAUGCAGCUUUAAACUGCCAUAAUCUUAUCAAUUAAUUUGAAAAUUAACAUUGGUGGAUAUACUGUAAAUUCAGAAAAUUAUUGUGAGGUUUUUAUUUUUGUGAAUAAUGCGACUGGAUGAGUAUUACAAUAAUAAGAACUCGCAUUAGUAGGUUUUCCUGAAAUCGCAACAUUUUUGUCCAUUCUUCAAAAAUUGCAUUAAUAGAUGCACGCAAUAAUUUCUGAAUUUACAGUGGACGUAACUGACUACUUCUUUAACCUGUGCUUUAACCUUUUAUUUUUCGACAAAGUCAAUUUGACCGCAUAAUAUAAUUUUUACUGUUUACCAUUACAUAAUCAUUUCAACUACAAUAUGGAGCCAUUCCAAUGAAUAUUUCUUCAGUAUAUUUGGUGUAUGGAUAAAAUUUCGUCUGUUUUUUCUUUUCAUUCAAAUAAAAUAUCUUCCAUCACCACAUGGAAACAUUAGAUAAAUAUAAAACAUUACUGUAUACCAUAUCCUUUCUUGUUUAUUAACAUGAUAACAGCAAUUUUGAUUUAGUAGAAAUGAAAAUUUUGACCUCAGAUUUUUCUAGUUUCUGCAUGUUUCAUGAACCUGUGAAUCGAUAAAUUGCCAGUUUUUUAAAAAAGAUAAUAUGAUUUAUCAUACCUGCCAACUUUUCAAAAUCUCCAUGGAGGAUUUUAAUCGCAGGAGGACCCUUAUUGCUCCUCUUACAUUGUCAUAAGUGUUUUUAUUCUACUCCUAUAUUGUUUGCAUGAGUAUGUAAGUAUUUUAAUACCCUCUUUAGUCAUUUAAAUGUCUGUUUUGAGGUCUUCAGUUUAUAUAAUAAAGAAAAUCAAAAUUCAGGUCAACACCUCUAAUGAGGGAAAUCCCCCAUAAAUAGUGAAAGUUGGCAGGUCUGAUUUAUACAUAUGGCAGUUAACUGGUUACAAUAUUGAGCAACUAUAUGAAUCUCAUGACUAAUUUUCAAAAAAUACAGAAUGUAAUCUUCAAUUUUUUAAAUAGUUUUAUGUAUGCUAACACAGAUCUUGCCUAAAACUUUGUUUUGACAUAUUAUGCCUUCGUAUAAAAAUAUUGUUGAGAAUUCAUGAUAAAGUCUGAAAUCUGGUGAUUUGUAUUUUAAAACAUUUUCCUGUAAAGAAUUUGCACAAUUAUUAAUAUAAUAAAUAAGAUUUAUAUUCAUGAUAGUUCAUCUCUAAAAAUAUAAUGAAUGGAAAUAAAAAAUUCAAAACUUUAAUAAAUAUGUUGUGAGAUUUUUGUUUUCAAAAUGUGCUGAAUGGCCAAGGCCUCUAAAUUUAAAUUAUGAAACAGUCCUUAAUCCUCUUCAGAACUUCUUUGGAGAUUUUCAUUGAAAACAAUCCAUUUAUAGAAUCAAAUUAUCAGAUUGAGAAUUUGUUCAUUUUCAAGUUGACAAUAUCUAUUUUUACAUUUUUAGUGAAUUUGUAUGUACAUGCACAGUUUGGGAUUAUCUCCCUUUUUAUUCUUACUUGUUGCAGGAAGAUGAUAUUAUAUUUCAAAAUAAAGAUAAGAUGAACACAUCAAAAAUAUAGAAUAGAAGUUUAAGAUUUCAUGCAAAUUGUGCAUCCAGCUAUUAUGUGUGGUUUAAAAUAACUAGUGACUGUUAAGGCUUAAAAGCAAGAUAACAAACAAUUUUGUGUUUAUGAUUACUUCAAUCAGUAACAUUUUGAUUUGAUGAUUAUGAUUAUUCCGUUAAAUGUGAUUAGACUGAUAUAUUCCUAAAAAUUAGGUGCAGAACCAUAUUGAGGACCCAGUCUUACACCAUUCCAGAAAGUAGUACAUAUUUAACACAAAAUAGUUCUUACACAUAGCUGUAACUUUUUAAGUGUAUAAAAUAUUUAGGUAAUUUAGUAUCAAAUGAAAGGUUAAGAACUGGGGUCACUGUAGAGUACGUUUUAAAUUUUGAUUUUUAAUAAUUUGGUUAUUGUAUGAAAUUUAUAUAAAAGGGUUUAUUUUGCCUCUUUCUCAGAUCAGAAGUACCUGCUUUUGUACUUCCUAACUUCCAGAAACAGGUGGAUUUUGUUUAUUAUUUUUGUUAUUGUUGUUACUGUUGCUCCUAUUAUUGGUUCAGCAUGAAAUUAAAAGUUAGAAUAAACAAGAAUUCCAGUAAGAAUCAACUCAAUAUGCAAAAAUUUAAUCCAACAAAAAAUUUGAAUAUUUUAAGUCCAAUAGAAAGAUAUGGUUUUACUGUAGAUAUAUUUGUUAUAUUAUACAGAAAAGCAUUCAUUGAUUUCUAACACAUCAAGAAUUUUUAGAACAAAUUUUUUUACAUUUUGAGUUUUGUGGUACAUUAUUUAACUAGAUAAUACAUUAAGAAUUUAUUAUUGUUUUGCCUGAAUCUCAUUGUUAACAUUACCAAAGUUUCUGAUAAGAAGUGUAUUUUUGUUAUAUUUUAUUACAAAGAAUUCUCACCAAUCUUAAAAGUUGUGAAUUAUUCCCCUUUCAAAUUGUAUCUCCUUAUAAAGAGUCUUUAUAGUUCAAUUUUAAGGCCUUUAAUCUAGAAAAGAUUGUUUAUUGAGAUAAGUUAAAAGUACAGUAGUGCUCCAUUAACAAUUAACUUUAAUUUUUGAAAACAUGAGGAUUUCUAAAAAAAUAUUUGUUAUUUAAUGAUUAAGUCAGUGUUUAGGUAGGUAUAACUACCUGGUAUUACCAAAAUAGAAUGAAGCCAAAGGUCAGUAUUAAUUGCAUAUUUUACCCAAAAAAUCAUCAACAGACUGUUAGACUAAAUAAACUAAUUCCUUGAGAUAUUGAGAUAGGUCAUUUGAGGGUGCUGGGAACUUGAACAUUGCAAAACCACUUUAAAAAUCUUUAUUUUUUUUUAAUUGGCAGCUAGGUCUCAUAAAUGAUUUAUGUUUUCUGACAUGAGUGCAUCUUUACAUAAAAAAAAAACAUUUUACCGGUACUAAAAUGUCUAUUUGAAACAAUCAGUAAUUUAUUUCUUUAUCACAAUGUUUAGAUUUCAGAGAGAAAACAAGGGCAUCUUUGAUGUUGGCUGUGUGCUUAUAACUUGACUUUUUUUUAUAAAGGACUUAUUCAUUAAAAAAAUGAAUGUGUUGUCUGGAUGCCUUUUGAAAGGUCAAGUUUGCAGAGAGAAAGUGCUUUAAAGUGUGGCAGUUUUCCUUCCAAAGGUUGUGGUUCCCUGAGGUCACUGCUUCCUCCACCAAUAAAUACUUGCUGCCAUGAUGUAACCUGAGUUGAAUGUAGUGUUAAACAUCAACAAUCAAUCAAUCAAUAAACAUGAAAUAAUUGCCACUGGAAGUUAAGCAAACAAUAAUCAAUUAAUCAAUAUUGUAUUACAAAUGACGUUAUAAUUUUUAAUGACUGAUGAUUUUUUUGUUCUUGUAGUUUCACACGGACUUUAAUCUGGAAAAUAAUAUAAAAAGAUUAUUGGAUUUUUACAAUUAAUUUGAAUUGACAAGUUAAGUUAUUUCUUCAAACUAGUACAGGGGGAUAGGUAUAUGUUUUUUGUGACCUGCUUCAGGGGUGGAUACAGGAUUUUUGAAAUGGGGGGUGAAAUUCCUGAAAAUUUAAUGGAUACUUGAGGCGAGAAAAAAUUAUGAAAUAAAGUGCUUUUGCUUAUAUGUUCAGAAUAAAGUAUUGUUUACUGUUUUUUAACAUUAUGUUGUCUAUAUUAUUUACAUUUCUUUUAAUGUGUUAUAUACAUUCUUACAUUAUUAACUAACAUUGUUUUUUCUAUGAAUUUUCUUAAUAAAUUUAAUAAUCAG